GCAGCAAACACUCCCGUUGCGAAGCCUUUCACAGUCAAUCUUUCUUCGCGGGUGCCGCACAUGCUCGAUCUUAUUCAGAGGACCGUUCUUCCUGCGGCAGAGCUUCCAGCCGCCAAUGCGAACCUGAAUAUGAGCUUGACGACGGGAAUGCCGCUCUCUACGCUCAAGAGUCUGCAAAAAGAAUGGUUAACCAACUUCAACUGGACAAAGGAACAGGAGCAGAUCAAUACGUACAAGCACUUUAAAGUCCAAAUCGGAACGCAAACCGUUCAUUUCAUCCAUGAAAAGUCCAAAGAUCCCAACGCCAUUCCUCUCAUCCUACUUCACGGCUGGCCCGGCUCGUUCCUGGAAAUGACGCACCUCGUCGACCAGCUCAAGGGCAACUCUAGCCAAGCAUUCCAUAUCGUCGUGCCCUCCUUGCCCGGGUUCGGCUUCUCUUCGCCCGCACCCAACGGCUGGGAGAUUUCCGACACGGCGACCCUGUUCAACACGCUCAUGACGCAGGUGCUGGGAUACAAGACGUAUGCCGUGCACGGAACGGAUUGGGGCAGCGGCGUGGCGUUUGACAUGUACGAUCAGUUCAAUACGACGGUCAAGGCGGUGCAUUUUGCGUUUUUGCCCUUCUUUUCGCUGACGCCGGAGCAAUUGGCGGCGCAGGGCAUUGCGCUUGCUGCGGAUGAGAUUGAGCAGGAGGAUAGGGCUAUGGACUUUGAGAACUCGGGCACGGGUUACUACAUUGAAUCGACAACAACUGUGAAUACGGUUGGCCUUGCUCUGUAUGACAACCCCGUCGGACAGCUGUCCUGGCUUGCAGAAAAGUUCAUCAUCUGGUCUGACCCACGACGAGGAACCGGCCCGUCUUUCAUGACGGACAACGAGAUUCUCAGGCACGUGUCCAUGUACUAUCUGACGCAGACGUUUGACUCGGCCGCCUUCAUCUAUGCCCAGAAUCCUGAUGGCUUCUCGCACACUUACCGAACUGCCAGGAGUAAGCAGCCUCUGUUGUUUACCAACUUUCAGCAAAACAUGCUGUUUUAUCCAGAGAAGCUGGUGGCGACGGUUGGCAACUUGGUUUACUACAACUCUGUCGAGUUCGGUGGUCAUUUCCCCGGCGUGGACAAUCCGGCAGCACUGGCAGCCGACCUUCGACUCAUUGGAAAAUACUUC